AUGAGUGCAUUGCUAAAGAAGAAAAAUUACAACGCAACUAAGGGUACCAAAAGAUGGAGAAAGAACUUGGAUGCCUCUGAUUUGCACGAAAAAAUCAUCUAGGAAAAUAAGAAAGAAUUCGAUGAAAAUCAAGCUAAAGAGAAAAUAGAGAAGAAUGAAAUAGUCACUUUUUCUAUCGAUACCACAGGUGAUAAGAAAAUGAAAAUUGUUUUGGAAAAGGACAGAUUCCACAAAAAAAUUGAUGACUCCAAUAAUUCUAAAAACGAAGAAAAGAAGCUCAAAAUCUUAGCUAAAAAGUUAAAAGAAAAUUAAAUUAAACCUAAAAAGGAUGACGAUAAAAUUCAAGAAGAACUUAAUAAUCAAGAAGAAGAAUAAGUUAGUGACGCUUGGGACGAAGAAGCUGAAAAAGAGACUAAAAAACCUUUAAUAUAAAAGAAGUAAAAAGUCGCUCACCUUAUAAUUCCUACUAGCGGUAUGAGCUAUAACCCUUCUUUCAAGGAUCACUAAGAAACAAUCGAAGAAGCUAUCCGUUUGGAGGAUGAGGACCUUAAAGAUAGAAACUUAUAAAAAAUUUAAAAGCUCAGAAAGAAAAAAAAAGACUUAAAGGUUUACUUGUAAGUACAAAAAAUGAAAAGAGAACAAGCUAUGAAUCCCGUCUAAUUAUAAAAGAAAGAAGAAAGACGUCUUGCCCAUCAAGCAAACUUAAUCAAGCAAUUUAAAAAAGAAUUAACUUAAGACGAGUUAGAACAGUAAGCUCAUAUAGAAAAUCUUAAAAAGAAGAAGGAAGCUGAUAACCAAAUUAAAGAAAAGCUUGGGUAUAACUUUAAGCCUGAAAAGCUUGGCAAGAAAAGAUACAAUCAAAAAGGCUAAGACUUUGUUUUAGAAGAAGACUUACCUGAUAAUUUACGUACUGUUUAACCUGCAGGCAGCUUACUUAGAGAUGAAUACGAAUCAGUAUUCAGAAAAGGUCUUCUUGAACCCAAGAACUACUCCCAAAAAGAUAAAAAGAGCAAAAUCCCAGCCAUAAAAUUCAAGCAAAAAUUCGACCCUAACUUCUAAAGCGAAUGGGACGAAAUAGAAACAGUCCUUGACAUUAAACAGUGA